AUGCAUCCCGGCAACGAGACCUACAGAACCAUUUUCAUCACAUAUUUUAAUAUACCUUUUGGUUACUCAGGAACAGACACGUGUACCACAUGUGACGAGUACCUAGCUAAAAUGAAAUGUCUGGAGCAUGAAAACGAAAAACUAGAUCAAACAAAGAAGGAAGACAUAACAGCUAAAAUAAAACAGCUGACCACAUCACAUGACCUGCAUUUAUGUAAAGCAAAAUCAUUUUAUUCAAUUAAAAAGCAAUCAAAGCUUUCAAGUCGUAAAUCAAACGUAACAGAAUCAAUCUGUAUAGACUUCGGUAAACAUUUUCCUAUCCCCAAAAUUACUACUAAUAAUGUAUACUACAAGAGACAGUUGUCCAAUUAUUUGUUCAACGUUCACGUUCUCUCUGACUCAAGAAGUGUCUUUUAUGUAUACCAAGAAACCAUCGCCAAAAAAGGUAGUGAUUCCUGCGGUGGACAAAACAAGAAUUACACCUUUUUCCGCUACUUGUAUUAUCUUGUUCACCAACAAAAAAGGUUUGAUUGUGUGCGAGUUACUUUCCCUAUUAAAGGCCAUUCUUAUAUGGAAAAUGAUAAGAAUAUGGGAAUCAUAGCCAGAGUUGAAACUGUGAAGGAAUUAUGUGACCUCGUCCAAUGUUCCAGAAAAAACCUUCGACCUUUGUAG